AUGUACAGGUACUGUGUUCAACUAGUUCCUAUACUGAUAAAUCAUUAUUACAUGACCAAGCUACACAUGUACAGGUACUGUAUUCAACUAGUUCUUAUACUGAUAAAUCAUUAUUACAUGACCAAGCUACACAUGUACAGGUACUGUAUUCAACUAGUUCCUAUACUGAUAAAUCAUUAUUACAUGACCAAGCUACACAUGUACAGGUACUGUAUUCAACUAGUUCUUAUACUGAUAAAUCAUUAUUACAUGACCAAGCUACACAUGUACAGGUACUUUCUUAUACUGAUAAAUCAUUAUUACAUGACCAAGCUACACAUGUACAGGUACUGUAUUCAACUAGUUCUUAUACUGAUAAAUCAUUAUUACAUGACCAAGCUACACAUGUACAGGUACUGUAUUCAACUAGUUCCUAUACUGAUAAAUCAUUAUUACAUGACCAAGCUACACAUGUACAGGUACUGUAUUCAACUAGUUACUAUACUGAUAAAUCAUUAUUACAUGACCAAGCUACACAUGUACAGGUACUGUAUUCAACUAGUUCUUAUACUGAUAAAUCAUUAUUACAUGACCAAGCUACACAUGUACAGGUACUGUAUUCAACUAGUUACUAUACUGAUAAAUCAUUAUUACAUGACCAAGCUACACAUGUACAGGUACUGUAUUCAACUAAUAAAUCAUUAUUACAUGACCAAGCUACACAUGUACAGGUACUGUAUUCAACUAGUUCUUAUACUGAUAAAUCAUUAUUACAUGACCAAGCUACACAUGUACAGGUACUGUAUUCAACUAGUUCCUAUACUGAUAAAUCAUUAUUACAUGACCAAGCUACACAUGUACAGGUACUGUAUUCAACUAGUUCCUAUACUGAUAAAUCAUUAUUACAUGACCAAGCUACACAUGUACAGGUACUGUAUUCAACUAGUUCUUAUACUGAUAAAUCAUUAUUACAUGACCAAGCUACACAUGUACAGGUACUGUGUUCAACUAGUUCUUAUACUGAUAAAUCAUUAUUACAUGACCAAGCUACACAUGUACAGGUACUGUAUUCAACUAGUUCUUAUACUGAUAAAUCAUUAUUACAUGACCAAGCUACACAUGUACAGGUACUGUAUUCAAACUUUGACAGAAUCCCUGAGAUACCUUUACUAUCAAAGACCAGCUGUUAGAUAG